GGAGGAAGCGCGGCGGGAGGGCCGCGGUGCAUGUCGGGAUCCGCCCUUGUAGCUUAGAGACGCCGGAAAAAAAAAAGGUAAACACGGGCGGGCGGAGAAACCUGCGUGCAUCGCGCAGGUGAAACACAAACGGGGCAUGCGCGGGGCCUCGAGCCCUUCAGGCGACGCGGCCUCCAGCUACAACGAGCAGUUCCGUCGAAUUCAGGUGCAGCUGCGGGACAGUGAAACAAAGCGGAUGGAAUUGGAAAGAAAAAUGCUGGAAUAUAGCAAAUCUGAUGUCUGCUUAUCUAAGCAGAAACACACGAAGCUUAAAAAAUAUUUAAAAGAAAUAUGUGAACGUCAGAAAAAAUCUCUCCUCCGAAACCAAGAUUUGUUGAAGGAAUUUGAUUGUAUUGAAGCUCAUAUUAGAAAGUUUGCCUCGAGUUCAGAGUCUCUUCAAAAGCUGAAGCGAGUCACCUUCUAG